AUGGCUUGUAAGGACGUUUUGGAAUCUUCCGAACUGUGGUACUUUCCUCCGUUCUUCACCCUCCAACAGAAGAUUGAGCAGGCGGACGUCUGCACUGAACAGCUCAAACAGUGGGACGCUCUUUUAAUGAAGUGGUGCUAUGAAGUAAAGUCCCGCGAGAUUCCGAAGGAUAACUAUCUGGAGAAGGCGAUCUUCAAGAACACAAAGAUCAAUCGCAAGGUCAGCGAUGAGCUUUUCAGAGAGAUCAUCGAUUGGUUUAAACGCAAGGGGCGUCUCGUCGAAAUCAACAAGUCCUACUACCUUCUUUCUGCACCCGAAGAUACUAUUCCAGAUUCCCUUCUCCGGCUCUUGAAAAACAAUAACUUUACUGUGGGCUGCAUUAUUACCGUCUUAGAGUUAAAGAAGACCAUGGAUAAAGACGCAUCAGAUCUGUUUGCUCUACCAGACCCAGUGCUCAAGAAGGCUCUCGAGGCUUUGCAGAAGAGUGGCAAUCUUGCUCUCUAUCAGGAGGGGCCGGUCUUUGGAGACGAAACGGGAAUUAAAAUCCUGGGCCUAUGA